AUGGGUUCCCCCACAGCCUCUGACCACGAACAGUCCGCUGGGUCCGCUGGGUCCGCUGGGUCCGCCGUGCAACUGACCUCUAUAAAUGGCUGGACGUUCACUCCGAUGGAACAAGCAUACAUGCGGGAAAAGUUAGAGGGGUACAACACCUCGAGCGGCAAACAGCGGAGGAGGUUUUUGAGGUCCACCACUCAGUACAUAUGCCAAGAAAAUGAAAAGCGGACUGGUAACGACCUUACUGUAGCCCAGAAGUCCGCUAUAGGAAAGGCGUUGAGGGCCUGGUUCAAGGCCCAUGGAAACGCUCGCAGGACAGAGAAGAACCUGUAUGGCACGAAGUGGUAUGGGAGGCGAGUGUAUAUGAGAAUCCACAAGGCCAAAGUGCAAGCCUUGGCCGACGAGAUUGUGAAGGCAGACGGAGAUGUGGACUUGGAAGAGUUCCUCGACAACUGGGACUCUGAUGAAGCACCCGACAGCAAGGAUGGCGGAGGAGAGGGCGGGAAGACUGGAAGGAACGCAAAAACCAAGGGCAAGACUGGCGACGAUAGCGAUUGGUUCUUCAACCACUACCAACAGGCAGGCACCCUCCUCAUCAGCACUUUGACCGAGAAGCAGUUCGCUAAAUACGAAGCUUUGGCGGACAAAUGGAACUCAGAGGGUCCGCCUCCUGAUGUUCAAGCAAGGAUGGCGGACAAGCACGCUGCAAAGAAGGCUUACAAUUAUUUGAAACAUGCCAGGAAGGAUUACAACUGUCUUUCCUAUCUGUUGUUGGGUUGGAUGGGGAAGGACGGGAAGCCAAAGGCAGUGGAGUUGGACGUCAACGACGAACUUGGAUGGCCCAAGAACUUUGGAGACGACAACGCUAAGCUUCUCCACACUGUUUUUAAACAGUUCCGCAGCUAUGUCUACGAGGCCUUCGAGACCGGCGAGGACAGGAUGGAGGACUCGGGUAAGAAGAAGGGCCAUCGUAAAUCACUCAUGAGGAUGGAGAGGAACGCAUUUGGAGAACCUCUCCUCCCAGAUCCGAGAACCCGCCCAGCCAGAGAGCCGCGAGGGGACUGGUAUUGCCAAGCCAUCCGCACCUUUUUCAUCUACCACUACGCGCUUGCGUCGAAGGCCAAAGUAACCGACGAUAGUUGGCCCCGCUUUCCUUGGACUCGAAUUUUGAAGGAGCCCAGGCGAUUCUUCUCGGAGGCACACCUUCCCGGCGGCAUCCUUGAGACCUUAAAGGAGCCAUCCAGCAUGACCGUUCCCGAGAGGGUGACCGUCUUCAACCAUCUGUAUAGUCUUCAAGAACCUGUUCGCACGGAAAUGAAGGCAUACGUGGAUCGGUGGGGUAAUGUCGCGAAGAGCGAACACUAA